UAAGCAAUUGUUGAAUCAUAAAGUAAAAUGCGUAAAAACACAGAAUCUGACACACCAGAACAAGAAAUCGUGGAUAAAGAACGAGAAGAAAUUAUUAACGGUAAACCCUUGGAUCUGGACGAUGUGUUGAUUAACGAGCUAGGGCAAUUCGGGUGCUUUCAAAUGAGAAAUAUUCUACUGGUCACGAUACCUAUUAUGAUGUCCGCUUUCAUGAGUGAAUAUAUAUUUUCUGCAGCCGCAAUACCGCAUAGAUGUCGAAUCCCAGAAUGCAAUGAACAAGAUAAAUCUCAAAAGUAUGAUCCCGAAUGGAUAUUGAACGUGCUACCGCAGACCAGCUCAGGGUUUUCAAGUUGUGAAAGAUAUGUUCUGUUGAAUCUCAAUACCAAAGGAUCUCUCGAAUCUUGUCCUGCCAGUCUGUUUAAUCAAACAAAAACCAUAGAUUGUGACGGGUACGUGUACUCGAAAGACAAUUCCGUGGUCUACGAUUUUGACCUCGGAUGUCAGGAUUGGUUGAGGGCUUUGGCUGGGACUCUCAACAGCGUGGGCAUUUUAUUGGCGAUGCCGAUCACAGGAUACAUUUCGGAUCGCUUCGGACGAAGAUUUGCACUUGUCGUCAAUGUAUUUAAUUUAAGUCUUAUUGGCUUAAUUCGAGCUUUCUCUGUCAACUACACGAUGUACAUGGCGCUUCAAAUCGUCCAAACUACGCUCGGCGCCGGCACAUUCAGUUCAGCUUAUAUUUUCGCCGCAGAGCUGGUCGGUCCAAAAUACCGUGUGGUUACAAGUGCGACUUUGUCCUCAAUCUUCGCAACAGGGCAAGUAGUGCUUGGUGCUGUAGCUUGGCUGGUUCAACCUUGGCGUUACAUGAUCAUGGCUCUUCAUAUCCCUGGCUUCCUGGUGAUAAGUUACUACGCUAUUCUACCGGAGAGUGUUCGUUGGUUACUGUCUAAACGAAAGUACGUUGAAGCGACGAAGGUGUUGGAAACAGUGGCUAGGUUGAAUAAGACGCAAAUAAGUGAUAAAUCUUUGGAAGCAUUGAUAAAUAAUUCGAAACACUCAAAGCCUCAUUUAAAGGAAGGGAAUAGAAGCCUAACGGCGUCGAUCGUGCGCUCUCCGGUGUUGCUCCGGCGAGUGUGCACCACGCCCGUCUGGUGGAUUACUACUGUAUUCGUGUAUUACGGACUGUCCAUCGAUUCGACGAGUCUCUCGGACACAAUAUAUUUGAAUUACAUUUUGACCUGUGCUAUUGAAAUUCCGGGUUUCUUCACUGCAGUUCUGGUACUCGACAGGGUUGGUAGAAGAGCAACUCUAUCGUCCGGGUUUUUCUUUAGUGCUGUAUGUAACAUUGUUUUCGUCUUCAUUCCCAAUGAUUUGUCUGUUCUCCGACUCAUUAUUUACCUGUUAGGGAAAUUUGGUAUUUCAAUGGUGAUGACGUCAUUGUACUUAUAUACAUCAGAACUGUACCCAACUGAGUUCCGUCACAGUCUGCUCGCCUUCUCCUCCAUGAUUGGGCGAAUCGGAUCUAUUACGGCUCCUCUGACUCCAGUACUUAUGGAAUACUGGCAUGGUAUACCCUCGUUGAUGUUUGGAGGAAUGGGAAUCCUCUCAGGUAUUCUGGUGCUCACGCAGCCUGAAACAUUAGGGACCAAGAUGCCGGACACCUUGGCUGAGGCAGAAGCGCUUGGAAGAACAGACCGCUCUCAAAGAACUUGUUAAUUUUACCAAGACCAGCUGGAUCUACCA